UGCGUGACGUCACGUCCCACCGCUCGCUCCGAGCUCGAGCUCUACCUACCGCCACAUCACCCGCCAGUUCACGCGCUCUAAAAGCAAAGGAAGAGAAAAUAUACAGAAAGGCGCGUACCAGCGAUACUACUGCAUUGGUCACAAAUGAUUUCCGCUUUGAAUUUGGCACAGCCGGUUUAAACAAAAGACAUUAAGGAAACGUCUAAAUCGAACGACACAAGCCCGACAUCAUUAUAUGAUAUAACAGGAACGCCGAAGAUGCUACAAUCCCUCACCGGUCAUUCGUGCGUGCGCUUGAUCCAAAGCAACAAAUCUGCGUGGUAUUUUUUGUUUCUGGUGCUCGGUUAUAUUCUGUAUCUAAUAUUCGGAGCGGUCGUGUUCUCUUCUGUGGAGCUGCCCUAUGAAGAUCUCCUGCGCCAGCGGCUCCUAGGAAUCAAACGACAGUUCCUCCAGGAGCAUCAGUGCCUGUCCGAGGAGAGACUGGAGCAGUUUCUGUCCGAAGCGCUCGAGGCGAGCAACUAUGGGGUGUCCAUCCUCAACAACGCAUCUGCUAGCUGGAACUGGGACUUUACGUCCUCCUUGUUUUUUGCCAGCACUGUCUUAUCAACCACAGGAUAUGGUCACACGGCCCCUCUCUCUGAUGGCGGAAAGGCUUUCUGUAUCAUUUACUCUGUGAUUGGCAUUCCCUUUACCAUGCUCUUCCUCACGGCUGUGGUGCAAAGGAUUAUGGUCUUCAGCACAUGGCGACCCAUUAUGUACAUACACACACGUUGGGGUCUGUCCAAACUGGUGGUGGCGCUCAUUCACGCAACCCUGCUGGCAGUUGUGGCGGUCUCCUGUUUCUUCCUCAUCCCUGCUGCUAUCUUCUCUGUUCUGGAAGAGAACUGGAACUUUCUGGAAUCAUUUUAUUUUUGUUUUAUCUCACUCUCCACCAUCGGCCUGGGUGACUAUGUGCCUGGAGAGGCCUUUAAGCAGAAGUUCAGAGAGCUCUACAAACUGGGAAUCACUGUUUAUCUUCUCCUUGGCCUGAUUGCCAUGCUGGUGAUGUUGGAGACCUUCUGUGAGCUACAGCAGUUAAAGCAACUGAGGAAGAUGUUUUACCUGAAGAAGGAGAAGGCUCAGGACUGCCUGUCCAUCAUGGAGCAUGACCACCUGACCUUUACCUCUAUGGCGGAUGGUUCCGUCAAUUCACCCCAGGAGGAAAAAAACGAGACAUUCGGGGACUUUCCUGUCCUGACCUCUCCCGGCGGUGACGACCCUAUGAUCAGAUAAAUUUUUUGUUGUUUAGAACUCUCUGUCUUUAGCCAAGGGGUCUCCAACUUGGGGCUUGCAGGUGACUGGUAGACAGCUGCUGUCAGGAAGUCCUCUAAGAAGCAAUGAUGAUAUCAACCGAUAUGGCAUUAUGUAUUUAAAACCAUAAAUAAUUGCCACGGCUAAAAUAGGUUAGUGUAGUACGCUAAAAUGUAGUACGCUGCUUGCGGUUAAAAUUAUCUUGUUUUCUAGGUCAAAGCUUAAAUCUUAACAUUAAAGUCCACAUUUAAAUUACGUUUUUAAAGUCCUUUUGCCUCUUGCCCUUAACCCGAACUGAUCCUUUCCAGAUGUAUAUAUUAAUAUGUCGUGAGGACUCAGUAUAUGCUGUUGGAGGCCCCCUUGCCAUCAGACACUGUAGAUGUUGCACAUUAUCUUAAAGUUUUAUUUCAGACUUGUGUUAUCAGCCUUGUGAAUUUGCAAACCGCUUUAUGAGUGUAAGAUUUAAGAAAUCUGCUAUAGUGGUUAAAGAAACUGGCAAUCUUGAAAUCCUUUUGCUCUACUGCGUAGAAAUGUUAUUGGAGACUAUAAUGCACUGUACCGCAGUAUAUACUACAGACAAUUUAGCAUUUGUAGCGUAAGUGUAAAAGCACAAAUGUGACCCUGGACCACAAAACCAGUCAUAAGUAGCACGGGUAUAUUUGCAGCAAUAGCCAACAACACAUUGUAUGAGUCAAAAUUAUAAAUUUUUCAUUUAUGUCAAAAAUCAUUAGGAUAUUAAGUAAAGAUCAUGUUCCAUGAAGAUAUUCUGUAAAUUUCAUAUAAAUAUAUCCAAAUUUAAAUGGAGCAAAAUCGCGAACAAAAAAUAUUCGGAAAUAUGCCUCACUGCUGCCCGCUCUAUGGGAACUACCCAAGUUUGGUAUGUACUGUAUGUAAAGUUUAGAAUUUGCGCUUUCAGGUUCAUCUACUCUCCACAACUUCAUUACAGCAGAAAGCCAAAAGAGAGCGUUAAAACAAUGUCCACAACAUCCACAACGAUGAGCGUUAAAACAAACCUGUAUCUAUCCUUACAAACCAUACAUCAAUGAAUGGAAAGCUUUUUUAUUCAGCUUUCAGAUGAUGUUUAAAUCUCAUUUACAAAACAAUUCAUUCACCCUUAUGACUGGUUUUGUGAUCCAGUGUCACAAAUUAGGAAAUUAAGUAAUAUUUUAAAACAAUUUUCAUUAAAAUUAGCAUUCCAUUAAUUGAUUAAUCAUUAAUGUAAAAACCACAAAUUGAGAAUUUUAAAUCCACAUUAUAGCAAUGGCUGCAAAUGUAAAGGAUGUACACUACCAUUCGAUAGUUUACGGUCACUUGACUAAAAUGUUUUGCAUGAUGUUAAAAUCUUUUUAAGGCACAUUUUGUUUGCCUGAAAUUAGUUUUGUGGCAAAAAUAAACACACAACAUUAAUUUCUUUCCUCACAAAACAAUAACUAUUUAGAAUUUGUAACAUUAGUUACAUUUAAGUUCCAUAGCUAGUACAUUAGUUCUAUAGUUUUGAUAAAUUAUAUCUUAUUCAAAAAUGUGAACUUAUUGUAAGUGAACCGAUGACUGGUAGUGUAUUCAUACCAAACUAAACAGAUACAGGGCUUUCAGUACGGUACAGACAAUAAAGCUGUAGUGCACACUUUAGUGUCAAAUGAUUAUUAUUCACAUGAAUAAAUGUAAUAUGCAGUUUGGCCACCAUUUGAUUUCCGCCAAUGCAUUAUAAAUAUGUUUAAAUUAAUCGACAAUCGAUACAGUUGACCUAUAUCAAAUAAUCAAUCGAUAAUAAUUUUUAACAUCCCCAACACAAAUAUGUUCAACAGGUUGCUAAUAUAAGGGACUGAAUGCGCCUAUGACAAUGUUUAGGAAACAUUUAUCUUAAGGGAUUUUUAUAGAGAGAAAUGAUAGGCUAAAGAAAAAACACAUUUGAAUGAAUGUGAAAAAGCAGCUAAACUUUUGACAGUGUAUUUUUUUUAUUUUUGAAAGGGAUAUUUUACCUUAGUCUAAAAUGCUUGAGAGAGCAAGUCAGUCUCAGUUUACAUGGAUUAUUAAAUCCAAAAGAGAAAUGUCUGGUCCUAUGUGAUAUUAAAACACACAAUUGUCUACAUUGACCUGAGCUACUGAGAUUUCAGCACAGUGCAGUUACAAGCUUAGUGAAAAUCUAGAAUUAAAUUAUGAUGGUUUAUUAGUAUUAUUGGUUGAGUGGGUAAGACUUUAUCCAAAACUUCACAUUUGCGAUAAGAACUUUUUUGUUUAGUAAAUACAAAAACUUGUUCUGUUUUUGAAACAUGCUUGAAAUGUUGUUUACAAAUCAUGUAUAUUUGUAUUAUAAGAAUGACUGUUGUAGGCAAUGACUGAUGACUAAUGUUUCAGGUUUCACUGGAUAAUCACAUGGUACAGUACUAUCACUGCAGUGGAAAGUUUUGACAAUAGAAUAAAACCUGAAUGUUUAAGGAACAGUUCUCAUUGUAUCAGCCUUUGGGAUUAUUUUGACAUAAUGCCUUGUCUUUACACAACAUAACAUGCUAAAUCCAAUUUAAGCAAAGGAAAUGUGAAUCUGCUGAUGUGACACAUUUAUUGUGUGUAUAAUGAAAUGGAUUGUGAUGCAUUCUUUGUGCAUGUUUGCCUUUGAUGUUUUGCUGCGUGAGAUUCUGUAUGAUAUUUUUUUUACCAUUGUAUCAGUGCAGCACAGAAUCUUAUAUAUUUGUAAAUAUUUCAUGUAUUGGUACUGUAUAUUUAGAUAUACAUAAGGGACAUAAUGUUAUAAUGUCUGUUUCAGUUGUGUGUGAACAACUAUUGAAUAAAUGCUUUUUCAUUUGCAUAAUUGAUGUAAUAUGUAU